UCUUCUCAAUCUACUUGUACAUCGUACGGAAUAUUUCAAAAGGUAAUAUAUAGAUCUUCAUAGUUGACUAAAAUUAAAAAAAAAACAAAGGUAGCAGUGGUACCACUCAAAAACUUGACAAAAAGUUGGACAAUUUUGCAAACUCCAUAAAUUUUUCAGUAUCUCUCAAUAAAAUUGAAUGAAAUCAGCAUUUGAAGGCACAUAAUGAGCAAAAUAGAGCAAGCGACAGAGAUGAGUAAAGCAGCAGCAGCAAAUGAAUAUCAUUCCAAAGACUUCGAAUGGGAGGAACUCAAACUUGAAGUUGAGACUCAUCCUUCUCUCUCCUACCAUCUUUCUCCUUUUCAACCCUCUCUUUCUCCGUCUUCUCAGCAUCCUCAAGCAUGGUCCCACUUUCACUCUCGUCACUCCACUGGCAAAUUCUUCAAGAAGGUAUUUGCUGAAGGAAUUCCCCGAACUACUUUCUUGUGAAGACUACUCCAAAGUUCUGGAGGUGGGAUGUGGUAAUGGUAGUACAAUUCUCCCAAUACUGCGAGUAAAGGAGAGGACCAGUGUUUAUGCUUGUGAUUGUAGUGUUGAGGCACUUGAGAGAGCUAAGCAAAAUUUAGAAUGUUCUGGUAUUAUUCAUGUGAUGGAGCGUUUCCAUCCUUUUUGCUGUGAUUUCUCUACAACUCCGUUUCCAAAUUGGUUGGCUUGUGAUUCAUGUCGGAACAAGCAAUUAGAAAAGUUGGUACAUUGUGAUUCUGAAGUCAAUGACAAUGACAGAACACUAACUGAUCUGCCUUCCGUGCAAAAUAGUAGGUGUUGCCUUGGUGGAGUGGACUUUGUCACAUUGAUUUUUACAUUAUCUGCCAUUCCACCUGAGAGGAUGGCAACAGCAAUCAUGGAAUGCUUUUCUGUCUUAAAGCCAGGUGGCCUGCUCUUCUUCAGGGAUUACGGACUUUAUGACAUGACCAUGCUUAGGUUUGAGCCAGAUAAAAGAGUGGGUUUUAGGCAUUACAUGCGUUCUGACGGAACGCUCUCUUAUUUCUUUGAUCUGGAUGGUGCGAGGAAUCUCUUUGUUGGUGUUGGCUUCAAUGAGCUAGAGCUAGAAUAUUGUUGUGUGAAGUCGGUCAAUCGGCAAAAAGGAAAGAGCAUGAGAAGAGUUUGGGUUCAUGGGAAAUUCCAAAAGCCCUUGUGAUUCUGCAACUGAAAGUUCCAUCCAAACGUAUUAUUACUGCAUGGAGUAAUUGGUCCUUACCUGUUGUGCAACAUUAGUUUGACAAAGAUGAUAGAUAUCUUGUAAACUUGGGAAGUUCAUGCUUUUUAAUUUUAAUUUUAGUUUUGUUCAGAAAACAUUUCAUAGAAAAUUCUAAAUUUUAACUAAGAGAUGGUUAUCACUUAUCACACCUUGUACUUUUA